AUGACUGACGAAGAACGACUUCUGCUCGCUAAUCGUGAACGUCUGCUUGCCCGGAGUGACUGGCUAGGACUUUCAGCAGCCAGACCGCUGCGGAUGAAGUUUCCUGCAGCAAGUGACAAGGAGAACGUUGGGAAACGACGCAAGGUUCACAAGUCCAAGAAUCACAAGGCCAAGCCAGCUCGUCAGCGAUCGCACACACCAUUGUUCAGGCAGGAGCUCCGGCCUAGGGGUGCCACGCUGAGCAAUGAUGGGCAAGAUGCCGAUAUGAACAUCAAGAUCGGCACAGAUGCAUUUGCUACUCAGACACAGACCUCGCGACGCUCGCAUACCCCAGCCAACACCAGCAUGCGACAGCCAUCAACAGAAUUCGGCCCCAUCUCUGAGGAACCCAUGUUGCUGGGCGUUGACGGUGAUGGAUUCGACUUGAAGACCGACCAGAGUUGGCCAUUGCAGAAUGUACACGGAGCCGAUACAAUACCACACGCCGAAUUCGAAGGUCCCAGCUACGAUUUUGAAGCGCCAACAGUUUCCAUGGCACCUACUUUCCAGCUUUCGCAGGACAGUGAGCCGAUGUCGACGGUGGCUAGUCACGAUCACUUGCAGAGGUACCACACCACUGCAGAGAGCAGCCAUCAAGUGCCUGCCAAUAUAGGACAUCAAUUCGACGGGGGCGAUGCUACUGAGGAGAAUGAAGAUGUUCUUAACGACGGACUGUUGCACGCAUUCAACACUCGCGCAGCGGGGACGAUUGCAGAGCAGAAUGGGUCAGAAGAUGACGAUGACGAGACCUUCCGCACCCUCAUGAAGGCUGAUGCGACAUUGUCCGGCAAGUCUUCCAUGGCUGCUGUGGCAUCUUCGAGUCUUCGAGCUUCCGUGCAGGCGGCGCCUUUCGCUACAUAUCCUCAACAGCAGGAGCAACGACUCCCGCUGGGCUACUCAUUCGUCCACCAGCAUGAUAUUUUGGUGCCGCGGAAUGACUCGGUGGUUGCACAACGGGCAGAGACUACUAUGUCAGAGCAGUUCGGGCCAACAGAGACUGCCACCUCCAUCGCUUUCGGCUCACCGUCAAAUUCACUUCGACAGUUGUACCGCACAACCAGCCGACCAACAGAGGUAACGCAGAUGCCGCCUGAGGCUCCCAACGAAGACGAUGAAGAAGCUCUAUGGCGGAGCAUAUAUUUGAGAAGUCAAAGCAGCGAUAGUGGUACGUCAGAUCUGGCAGAAACGGUCCAGAAGACCUGGGUCGCUCAAUCCGAUGAUGCUAUCGAGCCCGCAAAUUACAGCUCAUCUUCCAAGGCCAAGACAGAGAAAGUCCUGUCAGACAAAGCCACUUUUGGCGGCUCGAUACUAGCGGAUCGGCAAGGCUCUGGUCAUGACUCUCAGCUCGACAAAGAUGCUGAGAGCAGGUCUUCGCAGCACCAAUCCAACACCUCUAUGGUCGGGCAUGCCACAACAGUGGCUGCCGAGCCUGACGAUAUCGACAAUGACGAAGAGGAAGAUCACCAAGCUCCACGAUCUUUCACCACUGGUAACAUCCAUGCUUCGUCAACGAUGUCCUCAGACUAUCACAAGCGCUUCCUCAAACACAAAAGAUCGAAGUCAACUCGUUCGGCCUUUGCAAAACCACCUCGCUUCGAGCCGGCGAAAGUCAAGGGCAGACCACGGCAGGAGGCUUCGACGUACGUGUGA